UAUUUGGGCAAAACAAGUCAUCGCACUGUGAAGUAAAUAUGGUGAAAAUAUCAAUUCUUGCGACUCAUGUAUGCGGAACUCGUGGUCGAGACGUUUCUAGAAGCAUAAGGUAAGCUAUAAAGCAGAGAGUAUUCGGAUACCGCACCACACAAGAAAAGAAGACGACAGCUCAGAAAUCUAGCAGAGAAAAUCUACUUUUUUUCGACAGAGGAAAUUAUCAAAAAAAGACAUGGCAAUGCAAUACAAAGCGUUCCUGUACACUGAUCAUCCAAACAGAGCAAAGGAAAUCAGAAGAUUUGUCGUGGACCAUGAUGUGGCUUCAAGUUAUGAAUAUUUAAGACGAAAGGUUUCCACAGUUUUCCCGAACUUGGGCGAGGACAACUUUGCCCUCCAGUGGCAAGAUAAUGAGGGCGACAUCAUCUGGUUAAAUUCUGACGAGGAGUUGCUUCAAGCUCUCGGUCAAUCUACCGAAGAUAUUUUCAAGCUUUAUAUUAAGGAAAGCUCCACUUCUCAAUCCCAGGAAAAGAAACCAGAUUUCUGUCAAUAUCAACAGCAGUUCCAAGGUUUUCCACCAUGGGGUAAUGGGGGUUGGAAUAGACGGGGCAGGGGUGGACGAUGCCCACAGUGGGGCCCACCACCCUUUGCACAGAUGCCAGGUUUCUUUGCCGCUGGUCAAUUUGGACCUUGUUUUGGUCCACCUCCACAACAAGCCCCCAAACCAUCUAAGGACGACAAACAAUCAACUUCCGAUGACAAACCAACUUCAUCAAACAACCAAUCUCAAUCCCAGAACACACCCAACCAAUUCAAUGGUGAGGAAUAUUUGCAGAACGUUGGGAAAGCAGUUUCCGACUUCCUUCAUCCGUUCGAGAUAGAUGUUGACAUCGAUGUAAAAACUCCGGGUGGGAAAGAUGGAUCUUCGAAUAAACCAACAUCCGGAGCCGAGGAUCCUUCUGCAUCCGAGGAAGGAGGAUCGGAUGGAAAGAAGAAAGAGACGGAGUCUAGUGGAAGUGAAGAAAUGGAGUGGACAUUUGUAAAAAAAAAUAAAACUUGUGGAAAAGAGGGCAAACCAGACGACAAACCAGACAACAAACCAGCUUCAACUGAAACACCGGAUGAUAACCCACGACUUGCUGAAUCAUUAACCCAACUCCUUGCAAUGGGUUUUAACAAUGAUGGUGGGUGGUUGGCUAACCUUCUAUGUGCUUGUGAUUAUGAUAUAAGUCGUGCUCUCGAUAAAAUGCAACCAGCACGUGGCAGUAGAGAGUAGAGCAUGUUUGUUUAAAUCAUUUUAUCUUUAUGUAUAUAUCAUGUUAUGUAUAUAUAUGGUGUAACAGUUUUAAGGCUCCCUCUUUUUGAAAUGAUGUAACAGUUUUAGAUCGUAAAAUAAUGUUAUCUGGUGAUGGUUUAAUAAGUUUAAAGUUCUUUUUUCAAAUAUUAUUUAACACUCAGUAUUCCAUUUUAAAAUCGUUUUUAACGUACAGUACUGUGGGGUAAGAUGGAUAGCAUAAGCACAUUAUAUCUCCUCUUUUCCAAUCAUGUUUUUAUAAAUUAACAUCGCUCUUUUAGAGUCUUGAAGAUAUGGUUAAUUAAUUCUAUAAAUAUUCUUUGUUUACUACCAAAUGGGAAGAUCAAAAGAAUAAAAACAUGGACCAUCUUACCCCAACCUACUAUAUGAGAACAAUUUUAUUUUUGGGUGUUUUAAAAUGAUUUUUUUUUUCAAAUUUUAUUGGCCUAUUCUGUAAUGAUUUAUUAUGUACAUGAACCUUGUGUUUACAUUUGCUGGUGUGUGAGUGUCAAUAUAUAAUCAUGUAUCAAUAAAACUUCAUGUUACAAGCAAAAAUA